UGUAAGAAUGGUUUGGGAAUUAGCGAUAUUCGGGAUGGUGCGGCGUGAAGCCUUCUCAUCGAAAAUUCAAGAUACUCUGAAUCGACUGUGCCUCUUUGUCUUGAACAUCUCCACACGACCUACACCACCAUGAGUUCAUUACUAUCAACAUCUCGCGCUGUGUCGCGGCAUCAAAGCAGCUUCUUUUUGAAUCUUUUGCCGACACAGACAGUAGCCUGCACACAAAAGAGAUUCAAAAGUAAGGCGCCUAGACUUGAGGGUAAUGAUCAGAUUUAUCUUUUAUCUGAGAAUGUAGUUUCAAUGUCGGGCAUGCCCACCGCACUCAGCAUGGGCGUACUGACCGACACCAAGAAUAUCAGUGAAUCCACAUUCACGCCCAACCCACGAUUUCCUCCCAUCAUGCACGCCACGAUUGCAAAGUAUGUCGAAGAGGAUCCGACGUUCACGUCGCUGGCGAGCAUGUACGGCAAUGAUUUCAUGGCGAUCUACGAUCAGCGCAGUCCGCCGCCGUACGGGCGGACGCCGGAAGUUGAGGAUAUUUUGGGAAUGGUGAAGGUCCAGAAUGGAGUUAUAGUUCCGCGUUCGUAUGAGAAGAAUAACAUGUAUCGGUUUGCGACCCCGGUGUAUGGGCUAACCAGGCUUACGCACUUUCUGUUUUUAAGAGUCAAAGAGGCGUGCGAGAAAGCGCAUGAGUGGUGAGAGAUAACCUUGUUGUACAUAGAACCACGAAAUAUCUAAUAUAGCUGUAUAUAACCUACA